AUGAAUAGGAAGAAGAUGGCUUUUCAGAAAUCACCCAUCCUCCUAUUUUAUUUACCUGAUGACUGUUGGGAGCAUGUCUUCAAAUUUCUCAUCAUCUGCGACGAAGGUGAAACCGAAAACAAACACAAACUCUACUUUAAAUCUCUAUCUCUCGUCUCUAAACGGUUUCUCUCCAUCACCAAUAAACUCGUAUUCUCUAUCACCAUUUCUGAUCAUUCAUCUCGUCUUCUCCCUAGUUUCUUCCAUAGAUUCCCCAACCUUAAUUCCCUUCACCUCCACUUCGGCUCCAGUCGUCUCGACUCAACCAUUGCUUUGACUCUCCGUGACAGACCAACAUUGAAAUUUUUAUCCAUUUUCAAUAUUGAGCUAAACGAUGCAAAUGUAAUUACUUCACAAUACAUCGAUUCCCUCGUCACUUUGAAGGGUUUGAAUAUUCUUAAGUUCUGUUAUUCACAUAUCUCAGAUGAUUUGCUAUAUUCUAUUGCAAGGGAAGUUCUUCCUUUGAAGAACUUUGUUCUCAAGAAUUGUACCGGCUAUAGUUAUGAUGGAAUUUAUUGUUUGUUAUCCAAAUGUCCAGAGAUACAACAUUUGGAUUUGCAUCAAGCUGAUUUCUUAAGGGACCAUCAUAUUCACCAGUUAUCUUUGUUUCUUGGUAGUUUGCUCUCUAUAAAACUUUCUAAGUGUUUGAAACUCACAAAAUUAGCCUUGUCUUUCCUCAUUAUGAACUGUCAUUUACUUAGUGAAAUUACAAUGGAAGACAUUAAAAUGGAGACCGCAUAG